AUGUCUCGCUUGGUCAAUGGGGUGAGGUCGUUCUCCACGACAGCUUCAUCCUUCCUUGCUGACGCCACCGCGGCUUCACAAUCAAUCCGCCAACCCUCCAGCUUCCAGGUCUUCCGCGAUGCUUCCUCAAUUCGGGGGUUACGGCGCCAAUUGCUGCAAAAAGAUCGGACUGUGGGCUUUGUUCCCACCAUGGGCGCACUCCACGAAGGCCAUCUCGCUCUAAUUCGGCAAGCAGCUCGCGAGAAUACAGACAUCUUUGUCAGCAUAUACGUCAAUCCCACACAAUUCGGUGUCACGGAGGAUUUGUCUAGCUACCCUCGCACCUGGGAUACCGACGUUGAGAAAUUGGAAAAGCUAAACGAGGAGCUCGAGCGGUUGGGAGAAAACAGUGCGAGCGCCGGGCGCAUCACUGCCAUUUUCGCACCGACCUCGAAGGUCAUGUACCCUGGUCUGCCCCCGUCAUCAGAAAUUGAUGGGCAUGGCUCCUUCGUCACAAUUACUCCGCUGUCCACGAAAUUGGAGGGCGCUUCGCGUCCGGUAUUCUUCCGGGGUGUAGCGACUGUCUGCAUGAAGCUUUUCAACAUCACUACCCCUGAUCGUGUCUACUUCGGCCAGAAAGACGUGCAGCAGACCGUGGUCAUCAAGCGGAUGGUAGAGGAUUUCCAUGUUGGCACUCAGGUGCGAAUCAUCGAGACCACGCGUGAGAAGGAUGGCCUGGCUUUGAGCUCCCGAAACGUUUAUUUGGGAGAGCGCAGACGAGCUGUCGGCCUCACUGUCUACAAGACGCUGAAAGCCGCCCAGGAAGCCUACUUGGCCGGCAAGACCAGCCGAGCAGAUAUUCUUGGAGCGGCGCAGAAGAUUGCAGAUGAAGUCCUGUCCACGCAGCGGGGACUUUCGCCUGCUGAGAGAGCCCUUUAUGAGGUCGAUUAUAUUUCUCUCGCCGAUCCCGAUACCCUCGACGAGCUGGAAAUCGUCGACACGGCCAAGGGUGCGGUUUUGAGUACCGCGUUCAAGAUGGCGCCCCUGGAAGAGACCAAGCCAGACGAGGACUGUGGACUAGGCGAUGGCAAGGUCCCCGUACGAUUGAUUGACAAUAUCAUUCUGCAGCCUCGUGCUUGA